AUGCACAUGACUCUUCCCACGGCGGCGCGCGGGGUCACCAGCGUGGUGACACUGCUCGUCGCGCACGACCUGGGAAGAGCGCGUCGUGGGCGCCGGCGUUGGCGUCUUGGAAGUCGCCGCGCCGUCCAUGGGUAUUACGUCGCCGCCCUUGGAGGGCCCCGCGCUGCCUGCGGGGGGCUCGGCCCCGUCUUUGGAUUUGGCGGCGUGCGGCCCAUCGUCCCGCGCACGAACGAUGCCGCUCGCCAGGCUUUGCUUGCCAGAGCGAUGUGGGUAUUCGCGGGCUGCGCCCCGGCUUCCGUACGCGACCGCCCCGCCACUCGCCCGCACUGGAAAAAGGCCGUCAGGCGUAAUCCCCCCGAGCCCAUCCUCCCACGCGCCCACCUCCUCGCAGACGCAUCCCACCUCCUGGCGUCUGCUAAAAAAACGUCCCGGCGACCAGCCGUGCCGCCGCCUCCCACCUCCCCGGCGACCAGCCGCGGCCCCGCCACCCACCUCCCCAGUGACCAGCCGAGGCCCCGCCUCCCACCUCCCCGGCGUCCCGCCGUGCCGCUGCCUCCCACCUCCCCGGCGACCAGCUGCGGCCCCGGCCCCACCUCCCUGGCGUCCAGCCGUGCCCCCGCCUCCCACCUCCCGGGCGACCAGCUGCAGCCCCGCCCCCACCUCUCCCCGCUCGCACCUACCGGCGACUCGCCGCACCCCCUUCCCACCUACCGGCGAAAUAACGUGCCCCCGCUGGCCGCCGCGUCCACCACCUCGCACCAGUCGCCAUGGCUACCAACCACCGCGGAGGCGACCGCUCCCUCCCUGAUUUUAGGCGUCGCCGGCCCUCCUCCCCUUCCUUCCAAGCGUUGCCGACCACUCCCCGCUGAUUCCACACAUCGCCACCCCAUCCCCUACUUCCACGCGCUACUAUCCCUAUGCUUCCACCGCGUCGGCGGCUCGCUCCCUGCUUCCACUUCCAUUCGCCGCCUCAGAACCCCGCACACUACCGCCCUCCCUUACCCCCUACAGCUCGCCGUGUGCAAGUUCGUCAGUCCAAGUUCUUCGGCGAGAUCGUCUCUGGUUUCGUUUUCCUUAACACUCGCAAUGGCAUGCUCCAAGCCCGCCAAGACUGAAUCAUUUGACACCAGUUCUCUGCACAGCGUGGCUCGACGUGUAGCCCGCCAGCUCCUUCGUGUACAUCCAGACAAGAUGAUGUGGUGUACAAUUUAAUGCAUGAAGAGAUCUCAACGCUCGCAGUGUCCCUGUCAACAAACGCACUCAAGUUCUAUGCUCCAGCAACUGGACAGUAUUUGGGGGAAUGCACAGGCCAUACAGGGAGUAUCCAUGAGAUUGCCUUUUCAGCUCCGUCUUCGCUGCAAGUGAUAUGCUCUUGCUCUGGUGAUGGAACUAUCAGAGCCUGGGACACAAGGAGCUUCAAGCAGCGAUCAGGCCGUUCAGCUCUGCCACCGCAAGGCGUUCACCUCUGCCACAGGAGGUCGUUCGACGAUGCAGCGCUCAUCAUGUUGUGUUUUUAAAGUACAUGUUUUGUGUGCUUUCUAGUUCACCUAUUUAACGAUUCUAUAGUACACUAGGUGUUUGUGUUAUGCCUUAAUAAGCAUUUGAGAAAACCUUGUAUGGAUCGAAACUAGCAUAUGUUCUGUUCUAUUCUUGUAAAUGAAGCUCCACUUUUGUUUUGUUUGAAGUUAUUUGGCAAAAAAUUAGUAUAUGUUCUACUGUAAAAGACAUAAAAUGUCUUGAUGCAUGCUAGCAGAAAUCUGAAAAUACACUCAGUUCAGUUCCUAUAUUUUAUUUCAGUUCAAUUUAGAACUAUUUGCAACUGUUCA